GAUAACUCCAUUCCUGUUAUUCAGGAAAGUUUAUUUUGGUAAUGAUUUGUACAUUCAUCAAAAGCUAAUUACAGAAAACAGGGUAAGAGUACCAGUUAUUCCAUUAGUAAGUCGUUCUUGGGCCAGCGAACAGGUGACUGCAUGUGGCAAUGGAUGCACUAAAACAAGGAUGGUUCAGUGAAAUCAAUGAACUCUGGCCGGGGAUUUCCCUUUCUUUGGAAGUCAAACAAGUCCUCCAUCGAGAAAGAUCGAAGUAUCAGGAUGUUUUGGUCGUAGAAACGAAAUCACAUGGUCGGGCUCUUAUUUUGGAUGGAAUUAUCCAGUGUGUCGAGAGUGAUGAAUUCUCGUAUCAAGAGAUGAUAGCAUAUUUGCCCCUUUGUAGUCAUCCCAGCCCAAAAAAGGUUUUAAUAGUUGGUGGAGGAGAUGGUGGAGUCGCACGUGAAGUUGCAAAACAUCCAGGAGUCGAAAGCAUCAUCCAAGUAGAAAUUGAUGACGUGGUUAUUGCAGUAUCAAAAAAAUAUUUGCCUUUCAUGGGAAGGGGACUCGAACAUCCAAAACUUACUUUAAAUGUCGGCGACGGUUUCGAAUUUAUGAAGCAGCAUAAGGGCGAGUUCGAUAUCAUUAUUACCGACAGUUGUGAUCCUGUUGGUCCAGCCGAAUCACUUUUUCAAUCUUCCUAUUUUGCUCUUAUGAAAUCUGCCUUAAAACCUGGUGGGUUAAUUUGUAGUCAAGCAGGAACUGCAUGGGCUAAUUUAAAUUUUGUACAACAAACCCUGCAAUAUUGCAGAACAGUGUUUCCGAUUUGUUCCUACGGAAUUGCUUCUGUACCAACUUACCCCACAGGACAAAUUGGAUUUGUUCUCGGUAGUCUUAAUCAACAAACAAACUUUAAAAACCCAGAAAGGAUAUUCACGGAUCAAGAAUUGGAGUUGAUGGAAAUGCGAUAUUACAGUGAUGCUGUUCAUCGAGCUGCCUUCGAAUUACCCAGAUUUAUCGAAAAAUCUUUAAGGCCGGAAUCUAUCGCAAAUCCACCUUCAACAAGUGCUCAGAGUAAAUAAAGUGACCAUUUUAUGUAAAAAAUUUUAACUCCUAUGAAUUCUAUACUUUUGUAAUAUAUUUAUACACUUGAAAUAAAAUAUUUAAACAAUA